AUGUCAACGGUGUCCGCCGGCGGUCGCCGUGGUCCGCCGAAGGACUUCCGCGGGCCACCCAGAGCAGUGGCCAGCGAGGGAGUGAAAAUGAGCUUGCCUCCUGAAGAAUACGGCGAAAACACAACUGUACUGACGGGGUUAACCAGUGAACACUCCUACAGUGGCGACGAUCGGCCCGUUUAUGAGCCCCCUAUGGGACGUGUUGUCAGUCGAAGAUGCUCACGGAUGUUGUGGUUGAGUGCAGCCGGUUUGAUUUCAUUGCUAGCUCUUGUCUCAGCUCCAUUGAUGUGUUCAUUACCGAUAGCCAUGAACUAUGUAGGAUAUCAUUACCCUCAGAUUACUUGUGAAGUCGAUUGUCAAGGGUAUUUGUUGUUAGUAGCGAUUAAAUCCCUAUUACUUAUUGUUGCUUUAUGGGCACUUUACUGGCGACGGGCUGCCGCCGACCUACCACGUUUGAUGCUGAUGGAAGAGAAAGCACUAGCCAUCCGAUUUCAGGUGACGUAUGCUCUUUCACUACUAGAUGCUUUACUUUAUACGCAUUAUAUCUCAGUAAUUGUCUUGGAACUGCGACGUCUGCGUCAAGAAUAUAUUGUAACUAUUGUUCGAGAUCCUGAUGGAGAAUCGAAAACGAUGUCAAUCGGUAUGAUGUCUCUGCAAGAGGCGGCCAUUCAAGUUCUACGCUUUCACGAGACCCAUUUUCCAUCUUAUAACGUAUUCCUUGACAGGGCACGUCAAUCAAGUCACCGUCUACGAAACACUUCACAACCUCCAGGAUUUAAAAUGUAUGAUAUUGAAGGGAUAGGGGGUGGAACGACGGAAAUCAGCCAGAGUAAUUUACGCGCUCUAAUGGAGGCAACCUCCAGGCGGCGCAAUACCAACCACAACGAUAUUCUUCAGGAGGAAUGCGAAUGGGAAAGGAGGAUAAAGAAAAGGAAGUAUCGCCUAAUUGCUUCAGCAGAAGAGGCAUUCGCUCAAGUACAAAGUAUCGUCGAUAACCAGGCUGGGAAUAAGAAUUUCUGUGAUGCCAUGGAUUCAACGACGGCGGCUCAAGGUGUUUUCGCAUGCAUAAUGCGUCCAUUGAACAAGUAUCUGAGACAGACCAGACAACAACCUCGGCAUCCAGCUGAAGCAGUAACGCAUCACAUCGAAAGGUGCUUGAGCAUGCGAAUGAACUACAGGACGUUUUUGCAGCGAUUCUUCAGCGACCGAUUUCCUGCAAAAGAUAUUGUCACCGAGUCGAAGUGGUCUAUCAUUUCUGAUGAACAAGCGUCAAUUUCGAUUCAGCAUGGUACUACUUUUCUGCUUCGAUCUCACAAUAAGGAUGACGAUGCAGGCGUACAGCUCUUAUGCACGAUAAGUUCUUUACCAUUCUUCAAUCUCACUGAACAACAACGAUCCCCAAAUCACAAAUUUGCUCUCAAAAUCAGGAAUGAAUCAUCAGUGUAG